AUGGAAAUUUAUCUCGAUAUACAGGGCAUCGAGAGUGGCAGGAUCUUCACCCCCAACGAGGCUGUCAAGGGGGUGGUCCGCCUGGAGCUGCACCGGGCAACAGUCGUUUCGGAUCUCACCCUGUCCCUUGAAGGAACAACCAGAACGGCUCUCAUCGAGAAGGGGCCUGCGUUUAUUCUAGGCAACGGUGUGCCAAAGGUUGCCGACGAGAGCCACCAGCUGUUCAAAAUAUCAAAGGUUCUGUUUCCUCCCUCGAACACGCCAUUCAUCGCCAGAGGCUAUACUCUUUCAGAAGGCCAAUAUGCCUUUCCAUUUGAGAUCAACUUCCCGCUGUUGGCCGAAUGCUCAACAUCGCAGCCCGAGUUGAGGCACCAAGAAGCAAUUCUUCCUCCGUCAUUCGAAUCACGAGCCGUCAAGGGCGCACAUGCCAGUGUCGCAUACACCUUACGGGUCGCACUCAAGCGACGUACACAUGUUCGAAAGGUCAUCUCACAGGAGCAGAAUCUCAGCUUUUUACCCUUUGAUCCUGCUGCUGCCCUACUCUCGUCUCUGGGAACUGGGUCCCACAUCAGACAAAAGGGACUGUACAUUAGCCCCCAGAGCUCACUUGGAUACUCUCACACUGCACUUCCAAUCCUGCUACUGGAGGCGAAGCUCUCAUCGCCGCCUGUCUUGUAUUCACGCGAAAGGCUACCUUUGCAGCUGUGUGUACGAAGCCUCCCAACACGGAUACAGCACGUCCUCCCGAUCAAGCUCCAAAGUCUGCUCAUCAAUCUUCGGAGCACGACCGACAUUCUUGCCGACAUUCAUAACACAUCUUGGACAUCCUCCAGGAGGGUGCUGGAGCUUCACGGGCUCGACGACACGAUCGCCUGUGACCGGGAAAGCGAUGUUCUCUCUGAGAUCAAGCCCGGUGUCAUACAGAGCGUCACCCUCCCUGAUAGUCCUCCAAGCUUUACAACUUGCAUUAUCGAACACAAACACUCACUCGAGAUUGAUGCGACUUUUUCCCUUUCGGAACCCACCAACCUCUCGGUAUGA